AUUGCAAAUUGGCUCAAGAACAAAGCUAAAGUUGGAAGGCGGGGCUCGUGCGAAUGAUGGCUUAUGUCGGAAACGCUGGUGGAGAGAGUGCGAGAGAAUGUCAGCACACGACAAUAAUACACCACCCAUUGAAAAUUUACUGGUCAGAGAGCGGCUUUUGGGAACAUCAGCCGACAUGCAGAACUCGGAGGAAUUUCAAGAUUUGCCCGUUCAUGAUGACUUUGAUCCGUUUGAAUCUUACACGGAAUUGCCCGAAGAAACCGUAGAUGCCAACUUGACCGCUCCCCCAGAAAAUGAAUGGUACCAUGGAUGUUUAGAUAGACAGUCGGCAGAGAUGCGGCUGCAUGCAGCGGAGAAACCUGGAAGUUAUCUGGUCAGAGAGAGUGAACGAAGGCCAGGUUCAUAUGUUCUGUCCUACCUAGGACAAAAAGGGAUUAACCAUUUCAAAAUCACUGCUUUACUUGGAGAUUUCUACGUCGGUGGCCGAAAGUUCACAGCUCUUCCUCAGUUGAUAGGCUACUACACUCACAUAUCAAAUAUACUUAAAAAUGAGAGAUUACAAUUCCCUGUCUCUCCUCCGCCAGAGUCGCAGCCAGUGGAUGAGAAAAAGACGGUUGUUGUUGCCCUUCUUCCGUACAAUAAAGUUCCUGAUACAGAUGAGCUAAGUUUCAGUGCAGGAGAGGUAUUUGUCGUCCACAAUGAGCUGGGUGGGGGUUGGUUGUGGGUUACAUCACAGAGGACGGGAGAAAGCGGCAUCAUUGUUCAAGACCUUGUUAAAUUUGUGGAAGGCGAAAUCGAUCCUAAUGAGGGAAAAGUAUGGUUUCAUGGCAAUGUGUCUAAAGAAGAGGCGGCAGAGAUCCUAUGGAAAGACGGUGACAUUGGAAGUUUCUUGAUAAGAAACAGCGACAAGAACCCGGGUGAUUACUCUCUUUCCUUCCGCGGACCACAGGCAAUUCAGAGGUUCCGAAUCCAGAAACAGCAACGUCAGUACAUCAUGGGAGGCAGAAUGUACAACAGUCUGGAUGCUAUUGUGGACCAUUACAAGAAAGAAGAGAUAAUCGAUGGCUUCCGAUUAUUGGACCCUACUGCACCGAAGAAGUUCAAGAACCAGACGACAAGCACGGAGGACUCGUCACCGAUGGAUUAUGAAGAGCUACGGAGGAGAAGAAGCAGCGGAAUGGGGCUUCACAUCAUGACAGGAAUGGCAGACUCUAUCAUAAAACAGGGACAUCUCAGCAAGAAAAGUCAAAAACACAAGAAGUGGAAAACCUACUUCUUCUUACUCAACUCGACAGAGCAACAUUUGUAUUACUUCGACAAUGAUGCGCGUACCAAACCGAGGGGGCUGAUUGAUCUGGGUUAUGCUUCCGUCUAUGCUGUCCAUGAGAGUCUGUUUGCCAGACCCAACUGUUUCCAGAUCGUCGUGAGGGCACUCAAUGAUCUUCAGGUCUUUUACCUCAACGCAGAGUCGCAUGAACUCGAAAAGGAAUGGGUCCAAGUGUUACGUUCGUGCUGCAGCAAGGCCGGGUGGACAACCCAGUCCCAACGAGGGAGUCGCAAACGGCGCAUCAAACAACUCAAAUCGCUUCGUCUGCGAAUCCUGGAAGCGCACAACAUCUCCAGCAAGCAGAUACCGCAUGCUUACUGCGUGGUGUCACUCAACGAGGUCAAGGUGGCCAGGACACCCGUCCAACAGGCUCCUAACCCUGUGUGGGAUGAGGAGUUCUUGUUUGAUGACUUUCCUGAUGAGAUCGAUUCAUUUACCAUUGAAAUAUGCAACGGUGCUAAGAGAGCCAAGUCCAUUCCUGUCUGUCGGACGUCCGUCCUUCUUGACCGCUUGACCAACGGAUCGGUGUCGGAUGAGUGGUAUCCUCUCAUCUCUGCGGCCAAUCUGAGUAGAUCGGUGGAGAUGGGAUCGAUACGAGCGAGGGCGCAGUUUAUAUCGGAGACCCUGAUGCCUAUUGAGGAGUACAGCCGAGUCAAGGAGCUCAUCUUUGAGGAUUCCGAGUACCAGAACAUCUUUGCUCUUGAAGAGGCAUGUGCGAAGGACCGAACCCAUCUUGCCAGUGUUCUCCUCGACAUCUUCAUGCAUCAGAGGAAAGAGAUCCCACUCCUAAAGAAUCUCAACUCAAGAGAGAUUGAAAAAGAAGGUGAGAGAACAACCCUGUUCCGCUCCAACACCCUUGCCACAACAUUGAUGGAUAGGUACAUGAAGACCACAGCUCAGAAAUUUGUACAGCAUGCUGUAGGGGGAGUCAUUCUCAAAAUCAUGGAGUCAAAACAGUCAUGUGAGUUAAAUCCACAGAAGUUUGAGAAGGGAGCAGAUGCAACAGAGAACCUGGAACAUUUACUAGGAUUCCUCAAGGACAUUAUUGAAUCCAUAUUCAGCUCGACCAAUGCUUGUCCAAGGGCAUUACGAUACCUGUGCGCUUGUAUUCAGAAUGAUGUGAAAGCAAAGUGGAAGGAUGACCCAGUCUUGCCGGCUAGAGCUGUAGGGGGAUUUAUAUUUCUCCGUUUGAUCUGUCCUGCUGUCUUGAACCCACGUCUCUUCAAUAUUGUGUCAGAGGCCCCAUCACCAGUAGCUAGUAGAACGUUGAUGAUGGUUGCCAAGGCGAUACAGAAUCUUGCCAAUCAGGUGGAGUUUUCGAAGGAGCCAUAUAUGGAGGCCAUCAAUCCAUUCAUUGUCAUUAAUAAGGGGAGGAUGAUCCACUUCCUGACUGAUCUCUGUCUUGUGAAUGGACCACCCACGCCAGGUGACGUACCACCUAUAGACCUAGCCAGGCAAUUAGCAGCUCUACAUCAACUUUGUGUCACUCAUCUCAAAGAACUCCAACAACUCAGUCAAUCACAGCCUAGUUUGAAGUAUCUCCUUGGCGUGACGGAAAUGCUGAACCAGAGGCGGAUCUAUUAUGUUGGACAGCAGGGUGCAAACCAGAGCUUUGGUACUAUGUCCUAACUUGCAGCUCUUGUGCAAGUUACCUGAUAAAUGGCUUCUAAUUUGUGAAAUUUUGAUGCUGUUCAUCGAGCUUGAUACAUUAUGAGGAUAAUGUUUACCCAAGUUACAUUGUAAUGUUGCCCUGUCGUUCAAUCUUAUAUUUAGAAUUAUAAUCCCUGAAGGUAACUCUUCAUGUCCAUGUAGUAAAUUUAAGGGAUAGGGGUAUGUAAGUCCUUGCCAUUGAUUAACUAGCAUAUUAUUCCAGAAAUGAUCAAAUGCAAAAUCAUGUUUACAAAUCCAAAACAUAUGUAUUGGAAAGAAUAAUGUAUUGAUAAUUGAGCUGAUUUUUUUAAUGUUUUAAUAAGAGAAUCUUAAGGGGUAUAAGAGCAGAUGUUCUGUUAUAUAUAUUAAUCAAUUAUAUUGAUUUCAUACAUGUAUGCUAUUGCAUUUAUAUUUAUUGUACUUGAUUUGAUAUUGUUGAAAUAAUUCAUAUUAAGUUUGUAUAUCUUGAUCUGUGAUUUUUGUGAGCAGUUGUUAUAUUACUCCUUUUUUACAUACCCAUCGGCUGUUGUUAGUAUACUUGUUAUGCUGCAUGACUGUUUAUUUUAUUUAAUUUUUUAAGAUAAAAUAUAUGCCCAUUCAGAGGUAAUUGCCAAUUCCGAUUGAUAUCACUAUCAGUCACCAGUGGUGUUAGGUUAGGUGACAUGUGAAUGCUCUUUUAUUGUGAGUAGAGAUUGAUUGCUACUUGUGAACCGUCACCACACGUGACCAUUAAUGUGGUAUGGAUGUUGUAAGUGGUUGGAGCGUUGAUAGAUCAUGGAACAUGUGCUACUGUGGGUGCGUCGUGGUCUAGUGGUUCUGACUCUCGCCUUUCAAACAGAGGGUCGUGGGUUCGAAUCCUAGCCAUGGCGUGUUUUCCUUCUUCAAGAAAUUUAUCCACACUGAGCUGCACUCGACCCAGGUGAGGCAAAUGGGUACCGGCAGGAAAUAAUAAUGAUAAUAUAAUAAUAAUAAUCAGUAGACUAGCUUAGCCGGGGUAAUAUAGGAGCGCCUUGAGCACCUAGCAAGGUGGAUACGUGCGCUACACAAAGCUUAUAUUAUUAUUUGCAUUUGUGUCAUAUUGCAUACCACCAUGAACAGUUUGUAUUUCACAUUGUGAUGCAUCAUACAUCACAUGUUAAUGACAUGUUAAUAUCAUGUUCAUUAUGUGCUAAUAACAUGUUACUGAUCACCACUGGUGAUUGAUAGUGAUAUCCAUGUAUGGUGAUAACUAAUAUUCCAUUACUACGUGGAACAGGAAAGGUGCUAGAAAUUAAAUUCUGGAAAAUCCACUAGUCUCUCUCAGCAUAUACAUGUAUGGAUCUUGCAUUGUUACAGUAUAGAAUGAUCAGGGCCCCAUCUUACAAAGAGUUACGGGUGAUCCAAUCAAACACAACUAUGGACGGCCAGCAAUGUCAAAAUCUAAAGUGCAAAUGUGUUCAAAAUAUUUUCUAGAUAUGAUGUAUGUACAAACAUUCAUCAAUCUCUUGAAGAUUCAGUGACUGUGCUUCCCAUUGUUUACUAAGGAGAUUGUGCAAAUUUCCUGUAGAAAAUUAUGGUAUGGAUGGAUUUCCAUACAGUUGAGAUUGAUUGGAUCAAUGGUAAGUUUUUGUGAGAUGGGGCCCUGGGCUCCUUAUGCAAAGCUUAGUUCCUAAUCGUGGGGUUGAUCAUUACACUUUAUUGCUGUACAUACAUGUAGAUUAUAAUAUGCAAUCAAGCAUAAAAAAAUCAAUUGUAUGACCAAUCUCCAACCUCUGUGUAACAGGUCCCCUGUUAUGUAACAAGCAGUUUUGAAACUAACAUUGUAUCAAUUGUGCAAAAAUUCUUGGUUUGAAUGAAAAUGAUUUUAUUUUUAUUGUCUUCCUUUUUUUAUUUGCAGUUUUGUUGAUUAUUCAUUGAUAUUAUUUCUUGGUGUACUGAAUUACCUACCUGUAAGAUCUGCAAACAUCAAGAAUGCCUACAAGCAAUGUGCUGACAAACAAAACAUCAUAUAGCUUAAUGGCAAAGAACUUCAUUUCGCAGAACGAUGAUUUUAAUUCACAAGAACCACCUUGCAAAUUGGCAAAGCAGCAUUAACAAUGCUGAUUUCAAAAAUGCUAGAUACUCUGUUCAGUCUAUUAAAAGAAAAACAAUGAAAACAUGAUGCUAAAAUUGGAUGUCUUGGGACAGUAAGAUGUAGGGGUUUUUUUUAGUACUGUUCAUCCUUUCUAAAUGCCAUUCAAGGCUUUUUUUUAUGACAAGUAAUGUUCCAAGUUGUAAUCAAACGACAGUAAAUUUGCGUUAUUUGAAAAAAAUAUAUUGUAUUUAAAAGCACCUCAUGAAAUUUUGUUAAUUUAAAAACUUGGACUGGAUGAAUUUUUUUUUGCUAAUACAAUGUACAUACUUAAAGUGAAUAUUCCUCUGAACGCCAAUUAUAAUUAUAGCCAUUUAUUCUCAUAAAUAUCGAUGGUAUACAUGUGUAGCUGGUAUACAUGUGUAGCUGGUAUUAACUGCAAUCUCAAACACUAGAACAGCAAAAUAAAGCCUCCCCCUGAAUGAUCUGUGAUUAAAUUUAAAGCUACAUGUAAAUUAUGAUUAAUAGACCUCGCUUCUCUGCAGCUGAUUCAUAAACCAUUUUGUUCUCUAUUGCAGGAUAGGGUUCUUUUAUGAGCAUUUCAUUUCAGCUUCUUAAAUUGCUAAGAUAAAAAAUAUUUGUUCAUAUUCAAAAUGUUAUCAAGUUUACAGAUUUGGACUCUCUCUGCAAUAUCUGACAGGAGCCUCAUCCUUUUGACUUCUCAGGCAUUUCUUACAUCUUCAGGGUUUUCUUUUUGUCCUCUCCUUUAAUCUUUGUUUUUUCAUCAGGGAGUAUUUUUCUUGGUAUUGCAAAGACCUAUGUUGCUAUGAAGAAUUUUUUAUUUGACUGCUUAAAAAAUUGUCAUAUGUGUAACAUGUUUAUCUCGAAGACUGCAAACUUUUUUAUCUCUUUUCCUUCAAAUAACAAACUGCUAAUCAAUUUUUGCAAAUUAAAAUGAUUGUCUGUUAAUGUACAAUGACUCUCAAACUGUUCACGAUAAUAAUUACAGAUAUGAUUUAUAAUGCGCCAAAUCUUAUCUACAUAGUACCCAAGGCGCAAUGAAAGACGAGAGAGGAAGAUAAAAGAGGGUAAACAUAUUAAUAAGCAAUGAUAAGUUAAAGAAGUAGAAAUAGGCGUGACCUUGAUUAACAUUUAAACAUCUCAUCAGAAAUGCAUUCUCGGAUAACCAGGAAAAGAUUAUUUGCCUUUUUGUCUGCUGAUAAAGAAAACUGCAAUUAUUUAACAAACUGUUUGUUACACCGUUUGGACACCCUGUCAAAUGGCAAAACUGAAACAAUAUCUCAGUGAUCUCUCCAUCACUCUUGUUUUCUUUUUAUAUUCUCAGGAACUUUGUUUUUCUCAUUUAUUUGUCAUGUGUUAUAUGACUUUCUUAAUUUCGGGAUACUGCGGUGUAAUCUUUGACCUUUUAUGUAAUUCUAUGCUAUCCUUGAAAAUAGAAUGAAAAUAGAAUAGAUAAUGAGAAAGUGGAUUCCGCGAGUUUGGAAUAGAGUGUGUUUCACAAGAUACCUUGUGAGUGAUUUCUCAUUCAGGUGCAAGUUUCACUUAGUGAACAUCUGAUGGUUUUUAAUUGUGAAUUUUUAUAAUGGCACUGGGAGGUUCUGUAUGUAAAAAGAAAUGAAUAGAUUUUUUUUUAAUGAUUGUUGCAUGAUGGUUACGGUAAAAACCUCUUAUUGUAAGCAAUAGUCUUAAAGUUUUGUCAAACUUCAUCUCAGAUACAAACCAAUUUCUCUGGUUUCAUGAUCAAUAUUGUUAUUAUUGUUAUUAUUAUUAUUAUAUUAUCUUAUGAAAUAAUGACGUUGAGAAGUUAUGCCACAAAGAGAGACCAUGACUAGGGGAGCGAGAUCUUGUCUUCAAAUUAGUUAGUAGUGCCAUUUUGGACAAGAUCACUCUAUUUUUAGUCUGGGAUUGGCAACUUCAUUUCAACAUAAUUUUUGAAGAAAUUGUGGUUUAGACUUUAUGACGAUCACUUGUUGCUGUUCUCCUAACUGUUUUUGUCAGAUCAGACCAAUGGAAAGGCUGCCAGUGUCAAUGAUACUUUGGUGGGGUAUUGAAUGAAUUUUCUAGGAAUUGUUUUUCUUGUGAUCAUUCAGCUUCUAAUAUCUUCAUGCCCCCCCCCCCUUUUUUUUUGCCAUUGAAAGUUUAUGUAAUCAUGUAAAGUAAUAUAAAAGAUUUAUAUCUCCAUAUUAAGAAGCUUUCCUUGUUGAAAUUCAUAUAAAAGAAGUUGAGUGAUUCUCAAGAAUGAUGUUAUUUUGUGCAAUAUUUUAAAUGAUUGUUUUUAUUCUUUUUUUUUUGUUUAAUGAAAUUACAUCACACAGUCUUUGUACAUGUAUGUUAAUUCAUUACAGGCUAACAGAAUAAUGUAUUAUACAAAGUCAAUACCGAAUGAAAUUCAUAAAUGAUGUUUUUACUUUGUGUUUGUACUAUUAAUAUUCUGCUUUGUACUUCAUAUUUUAUUAGAUUACUAGAAUUAUAAAAUAGUACUUGUGGUAUUUUGCACAAAAAGGCUUACUUUAUUUGAUUUCAUUGUUUUGUUUAUUCAUCUCAUUAACUUUUUGCACUAUGGAGAAUGCUUGUACAUGUAAAUUGUCUCAAAAUGUUUGCUGAGAAUUUAUGAAUAAGAACAAUUCCCUGAAAUGUAUUCCAUAGAGUAUUAUGUAGUGUUUGAUAUUUCACUUAUUUGCAUGUAUAUUUUUUUUCCAUAUACCCUUUGACACAAUUUUUCAGGCUAUUUUACUGUUUUUUAUGUUCAUUGUAUUUUCAAUUAUAAAAGCCAAGAGGUUUGUAUGAUUUGCAACCUGUGUUUAGGAGAUUUUUUUUAAAUAACUAUGAAGUCAGCAUUUUAAUUCCAGGGAUUGAAUACUGUUCAUUUAUUUCUGUCACAUACAACCCCUUGUACAUUGUGUGCUAAAUAUUGCUAAAGGACAUUUUAUGAUGCAUGUUUGGUAUAAAAUCUCAGUAAUUCUCCUGUAUAUUAUUCCUUCAGAAUCACAGCAUUUUCAUGAGAAAUGUUAAGAAUUUCACAUAGUUGUAGAGUAUUAGUUCAGUUCUGUUUUGUUUUUAGAUGUAUCUUUUUUAUUGAUAUGUAUAUGGUUGUAAAUGUAUGUGUGUGAGAAUAUAUUGGAGCUUUUCAUGUAUUUAUUGUCUUUGCGAUUUUUUUUUUUUUUUAGUAAUAACAGUGCUUCUUUAAUUUUGUUAUCCACCUUCGGUCAUUUCAUGAGGUUUCGAGCAGAUAACAAUUCAUUGACGCAAUACACUUGGACAAGCAUUUAUAUCUGUGUUUUAUUAAUAAAAUGUAUGCAUUAUUAAUUUUGUUAAUGAAUAUUCAUGAGGGUAUAUGAAAUAUUGAUUUAAGUACUAUUCAAUUAAUAUGGUUCUAUCUGAAUAGAUCGUACUCCCCUGUUGCUUAUGAUUAGAAACCAAGAUUAUUUUCCCAAACACUAAAUUGUUGUUUUUCUUAUUUCCUUCUAGUAAUUACAUGUAGUAUGUAUAGAAUUUAAAGAUAUAUAGAAGUCAUGAAAUAAAAAACAAAAUACCCAGCCUGAUUGGAAUUUGAAAAAUGUAA